AUGCUAAAAAAAAAAAAAACACUUAACCAACGUUCUACAUCUACAAUGCGCCAAGGCUGUGAUCUGAAGGCAUCAGAUGAUGGAAAAUCUCUAGUCAUCACAAAAAUGACUGAGGACCACAACCAUGAGGUUUCCAGGAUAUUAUAUAAUCAUCUCCCUAACCAAAGGAAAAUCACCCUCAAAAAUAAGGCUACCGUAUUGGAGCUUAUGGAUCUUAAGGCUAAUAAAAAAAUGAUUCAACACAAAAUAAUCAAUGAAAGUGGGAAGAUUGUUACUUUAAAAGACUUAUCAAAUAUUCAUACUACAGGCAGUAAGAAAAAAUUAUAA